GACUGGAAGAAACGAUGCACUUGUAGUAUAAUACUGUUUUAGUAAAAGAACUGCAGUUGAUUUAGCAAUUCCAUUAAAAAUUAUCUAGAGUGUGCUUGCUGUUUAUCGAGUUCACUGGCCAGACUGUUAAUUACUGUGAUCCCGGUGUAUUAUAAUAAAUUGUACAUAAUUAUAUAGCAGUUCGACGUUUAUUAAUUUAUCCCGGCUUCGUGGAUAGUCAGUUCAGAAUGAUCCACUCACGACUCUGUCGACGGAGCAGUGCACUGUGCUGGUUCUUGCUCUGCUGCGCGUCGCUGGUGUGUCGGUGCGGAGCGCUGUCCGGGCACUACUACCGCAUCGACGUCAUGCUGACGGAGCUGCACAACCCCAAAUCCCUCAUCCACAACGGGAAGCGCUGCGACGUCUUCACGGCCUGCGAUCCCCUGCUCUACGUCUACAUCGACACGCAGAAGCCGCGGGAGACGUUCCCGGGGGGCGCCCGCUCGCAGGAGGACUUCACGGUGCUGACAAGUCAGUACAACAGCGACACACUGACCAUCAACCGCAGUCUAUCCAAGACCAUCUGCGGCAGCUCUUCCCAAGCCUUACCCACGGACGUGACGGCGCGGGUGGACGCGCGGGACCACGACUACUUCACCGGGCACGAUAUUAUGGAGGAAUUUAAUUGCAGCUUCGUCUUCCGCGCCAGCUGGGAAGGCGACUACGCCUGGUCCGAGGAGCGGCCGUGUAAAGCGCGCUUUCAUCCCUUAGAUAUCAGUUUACGGUUUAAAUGGAGGGUGAUUCCCAUAACGCCGGAGCAAUGCGGACAGGAAACGGUGCCAGCUUAAUAAUUCUUGAUGGCCUCUUCUCAACUGUAUCCUAGUAUUCCCCAUUUCGCAGGCAACAUGACCUCUUCCAACACAUCGUACCGUUUAAUUAUGACAACCUACUCGGUAUAUUUUUAAUUAACUAUGAAUGCCAUGCAAUCAAUGCACAGCGUAUCAAGCCUAUACAAAUUCAUAGAAAAUUGUUAUUCUUAGCUGCAUCAUAUGUACACAUAUUAAUUUAUCCGCACACCGAGCUUAUGUAUCCCUUGAUACCUUGAUAUAUACAGUCACCGGGUCGAUCUGUUUUUCUCAUCCGGUAAAAAUAAUUUUGCACGAGGGACAAAAAUAAAUAAAUCUCGAUAAAUAAAUGUAAC